UGAACAGGUGAUAGUAAAGUGGGCGGAGCCGGUGCUGCUCACGGUGAUCUCGGUACCGGUACAACGGGUGCCAUCCUUCUGCCCAGAGAUGACAUCACAGCUGGAGGACACGGGCAACACCGGUAACGGAAAUAGCGACAGACAUGUAACCAAGAAUUUUUCUCUGGAAGGGGAUGGACGGCUGCAAGUACAUGCUAAUCUAUAUUUGUGCCACAUUAUAAUAAGAAAUAUGUUCACUUCUCCUGGAUCCUGUUCUGUGCCACUUGUUGCCUAGGGCAACCGCCAACGCUGGUGGGACCAGAGGCAGACAGGGAAAGGUUAACAGGGCGGACAGCGAGACUCGCAGCAACCCCGUUUUGACCUAUGGGCUAGAAGAACAGGUGGAGACUGCCGUGAUCUGUUUCCCUACAUAAAGAUGGCUGCGGUGGAACCAAUAGCUUCAAGGCGCCUGCGCAGGCAGAAGCUUACACGCAACCUAGCAACAACCAGCGGAUAUUUUAGCAGUGACGUCAUCUCCGCCUCCAGAACGAACGCUGACAGGAUCGGCUUCCCAUUGCCAUAACACAUGGCCUUUGUUUACAUGCUGUCUCCUGGAUCGUUCCGGUCUCUCCUCCCAAUGAGAACUUGAUCAUUACCAGCCCCAACAGACCCUGGUGGGAAAGAUACCAACCAGUCAGCUACAAGCUCUGCACCCGUUCCGGCAGUGAUCAGCAGUUCAGGGACAUGGUGACCAGAUGUAACAAUGUUGGGGUGUACAUCUAUGUGGAUGCUAUCAUCAACCAUAUGUGUGGAGCGGGAGGAGGAUCCGGCACACGUUCUACAUGUGGAAGUUCCUACAAUACUGGAUCCAGAAGCUUCCCCGCAGUGCCAUAUUCCUCCCUGGAUUUCAACGAUGGCAAGUGUAAGACUGGAAGUGGUGACAUUGAGAACUAUGGUGAUGCUUACCAGGUAAGAGAUUGCCGUCUUGUGAGCCUCCUGGACCUGGCACUGGAGAAGGACUAUGUGCGUGGAAAGAUUGCUGAGUAUUUGAACAACCUCAUCAGUAUUGGUGUGGCCGGCUUCAGGCUCGAUGCUUCUAAACACAUGUGGCCCGGGGAUAUCAAGGCCAUUACCAGCAGACUCAGCAACCUCAACACUAAGUGGUUCCCUAGUGGAGCUCGUCCUUUGAUCUUCCAAGAGGUUAUUGAUCUGGGAGGAGAAGCUAUUUCAGCAAGUGAGUAUUUCGGAAAUGGACGGGUAACAGAAUUCAAGUAUGGAGCAAAACUUGGAGAGGUGAUCCGCAAGUGGAAUGGACAGAAGAUGGCCUAUCUGAGGAACUGGGGAGAAGGUUGGGGUUUUAUGGCCAAUGAUAGAUCCCUGGUGUUCGUAGACAAUCACGACAACCAGAGAGGACAUGGAGCUGGAGGAGCCUCUAUUCUCACCUUCUUUGAUGCUCGCCUUUACAAAAUGGGAGUCGGCUUCAUGUUGGCUCAUCCCUAUGGAUUUACCCGUGUCAUGUCCAGUUAUCGUUGGACAAGAAACUUUGUUAACGGAAAAGACGUCAAUGACUGGAUUGGACCACCAAUGAACUCUGAUGGAUCAACCAAAGCAGUCACCAUUAAUGCAGACAGCACUUGUGGCAACAACUGGGUGUGUGAGCACAGAUGGCGCCAGAUUAAGAACAUGGUUAUUUUCCGUAAUACAGUUAAUGGACAAGGUUUGACCAACUGGUGGGACAAUGGAGGAAACCAAGUCGCUUUUGGUCGUGGAAACAGAGGGUUCAUCGUCUUCAACAACGAAGGCUUCAACCUGGAUGCCACCUUGAACACUGGACUCCCUGCUGGCACUUACUGUGAUGUCAUCUCUGGGCAGAAGGAUGGCACCCGUUGUACUGGCACCCAGAUCACCGUGAGCAGCACCGGAUCCGCCCGCUUCACCAUCAGCAGUUCAGCUGCAGAUCCAUUUAUUGCCAUUCAUGUCAAUGCCAAGCUUUAAGUAUCACACCAACCAAGUACAAUAAAGAAA